AUGCCCGGCCAACGCAGCCGGCCGACCUUUUGCGCCCCUCCGGGGCCCUCCUGGCCAGGCCCGCCGGGCGCUGGCAGUGGGGGACGGCGUGCCGGCCGCUGGGCGCUGGGCACGUGGCCCGAGGCGGCCGGCGUGCGGGUGCGAGGGCGACCGGCGCGCAGCGUUUUGCGGGUGCUGCCAGCGGGCCGGGUGGACUGCGUGGGGCCCGCGGGUGGCUGGACGUGCAGAGGCAGGGGCCUCGGGGCCCAAGCGGAGCCGCCCCACGCCAGCACGCCAGGCCAUAGGUGGCUAUCUUGUCGUGGGCCCCGCCGCCGCGACGACGACGACGACGACGACGGCGGCCGCGGCGGUGUGCGCACAAGGUCACCUGCCACGCCCCCACGGGCAGCCCAAGCCUCGCCCUGCCACCUCGGCCCGUCCGAGCCUUUUGGCCUGGCUGGCCCUCUGGAGGCCCUCGGCAUCGCCUCUCCCCUUCGCCCCCCCGCGCACGCGCUCGCCUGGCUCCUUCGCUUCCACAGCCCGAGACGCGAGUGGCCGGGGCGACCUCUUUCCCCCGCCGGGACCACCAGUGUGCGCAGAGGCCCCAGCCCCCCGAGUCUGCUCCGACCCCCACCGCCCCCGCCGGUGGUGCUCCUAGCUGGCCAGGCUGACGAGCCAUCCCGUCCUCCCUCCCGAGGUGCCCGCGGUGGCGGUGCUGGGCGCGGGGGGCAGCACCACGACCUGGCUGGCUGCGUCUUUCCCCGGCGCCGGAGAGCAGACCCCAUGGGCACGGUGGUCUCGGGCCCCGAUGGGAGCGCACAGUCCGACCGCCGGGCCCGGGAGGUGGAGGAGGGAAGAGGCAUCCGGGCCCGGCCCGGUCCCCCCCGGGCACUGGAGGUGACACAGCGGGGAGGUGACGUGGGAGCCGCGGGGGAAGAAACCCCAGCAGCCAGGCAGGGCCGCCGCCACAGCCUGCCCGUGUCGCCAGAGGCAGCCAGGAGCCGGACCCAGCCUGGCCAGCGCCCGAACCCCAAACAGCCGGAGCCAUCUGUGCCACCUUCCCGGCUUGGACUCGUGAGCCAGGCCCACAGAAGGGAGGGGUCCACGCCGCCGGCUGGCCAGCAGACGGCCGGGCUGUAUGGCUCCCGGGAGGCAGGCAGGCAGGCAGGCAGCGCCUUAGACCGCUCGGCCAUCCUGACGGCGGGUGUGGGCGCGUCGCCGCUGGCCUGGCUGGGACGCGGCGCUAACGCUGGUGUCCUUGGCCGUCGUGGCGCCUGGCUGGCGGCUGUGUGGGUGCGCAAGGGGCGAGACACGCGCGGCGGCCCCGGAGGAGCACCGCCAGCCGCCUCGCCGCCGCCGCCGCCGCCAGCGCGGCUCCCGUCGCUGUCGCACCCCCACCCCCAGCUCCCUGCAGCCCCGCUUGCCGUCUGGGGCCUUUUCUCCCGGCGCGAUGCCCGCCUGGCAGACGAGAGAGAGGCAGCGCUCGUUGGGACCCUUUGCGUGGCUCGAGGCCGGACGCUGGGUCGCCACCGCGCAGCCGGGGCCUCGUGCGGUCCCCGCGGCAGCCACAGCGAGCUCCUUGGCGACGUGCCGCCCAGCCGCGCAGCCGCGCAGCCGCCCAUCCGCCCUGCGGGCCGCGGAGGACGCGGAAGACGCCGGGCCGGGGGCGUGGCGGGGCUCCCCAGCCGACCUCCGAGGGCCCGAGAGCGGCCAGAUGGCCAGAGCGCCCUCCAGAGGCGGGCGGCGGUGGGCGUCGGGCGCCGGGCGCCGGGCGCAGGGCGGGCAGGUGGGCGGGCGGGCGUGCCCGGCGACCGGCCGGCGCAGCGGAGUGGGAGGGGCGAGGCUGGGGCUCCGGGUGGCCGGAGCCCGUGGUGGCCGGAGCCCCGUGGUGGCCGGGCAGAGCUGCGGCCGGCCGGGACGUCGGGGCAGGGUUUGCGCCGGGCGGCGGCGGCGGCGAGAGGGCGCCAAGGCGAGAAGGCGCCGGAGCGCACCCUGGGCCGGCCGCGUCGGGCCGGCCCGGGCCGUGCAGCGUUGGUGGCCCGCCGGGCGCUGGCAGUGGGGGACGGCGUGCCGGCCGCUGGGCGCUGGGCGCUGGGCACGUGGCCCGAGGCGGCCGGCGUGCGGGUGCGAGGGCGUCCGGCGCGCAGCGUUUUGCGGGUGCUGCCAGCGGGCCGGGUGGACUGCGUGGGGCCCGCGGGCGGCUGGACGUGCAGAGGCAGGGGCCUCGGGGCCCAAGCGGAGCCGCCCCACGCCGGCACGCCAGGCCACAGGUGGCUAGCUUGUCGUUGGCCCCGCCGCCGCCACGACGACGACGACGACGACGACGAUAGCGGCCGCGGCGGUGUGCACACAAGGCCACCUGCCACGCCCCCACGGGCAGCCCAAGCCUCGCCCUGCCACCUCGGCCCGUCCGAGCCUUUUGGCCUGGCUGGCCCUCUGGAGGCCCUGGCAUCGCCUCUCCCCUUCGCCCCCCCGCGCACGCGCUCGCCUCCUCCUUCGCUUCCACAGCCCGAGACGCGAGUGGCCGGGGCGACCUCUGUCCCCCGCCGGGACCACCAGUGUGCGCAGAGGCCCCGGCCCCCCGAGUGUGCUCGGACCCCCACCGCCCCCGCCGGUGGCGCUCCUAGCUGGCCAGGCUGA